AUGAGAAAAACUCUGAUUGGCCGAAAAGCUGGAGACUCGGACCAAUUCAAAGAGAAAAAGUCGGCAACAACAACAUCACGAUCAACAUUCUCUCUAGGAAUACCCUUUAGGAAGAAGAAGGAAGCUCCUCCUGAUAAGAGUAGUACAUUUACGGGUGAGAGAAGGAGAAGUGAUGAUUCGAAAUUAAAUGAUUUAUCAUCAUUGGAAAAUGGUGAAAAGAGAAGGUCUUCAUUUUCGGAACAAAAUGAUAAAAGACAAUUCGGAUUGAUUAUGGAUCAAGAAAAUUUGGUUUCGAAAGAAAACUUUAAAUUAACUGAUGAUAACAUGUUAAUGCCUGGAACUGCAGACGAAUAUAACGAGGAUUUACUUCUUCACAAAGGUUAUUUAGUGAAAGAGGGAGGAAAUAUUCACAAUUGGAAGAGGAGAUAUUUUAAAUUAUUCACAACAAGAAUAGAAUACUACAAGGAUGAGGAACAAACCAAAGCCAUCAAGAGCUUCCCAAUUACUAAAUCUACACAGGUUGGUGAAGCCCCUGAAAAAGGAAGCUCUAAACCUAACACUUUCAAGGUUGUGACAGCCGAUAGAACAUUGUUUUUAUCAGCAUCAAACAGAGAACAAAUGUUCGAUUGGAUUAAGAAGAUUACAACAGCAGCUCGUUCUAUACAUUUAGUUAAACCAAAACUAAUGUCUCCAUUUUUACAUUUGCAAAAAGUGCCACUACUUAAAAAGAGUGCACCAAACUUUAAGGAUUAUUUAAGCUCUGCUGUAGAAAAGAAGAGGAAAAUCAAGUCAACGAGUGCACUUUCCACAACUCCAUUUGAGCAGUUAACAACAACAUUCACUCUCAAUGAAAAGGAAACUAAAAGAACACUGGACGAAUUUAUCAAGCUAUUUUUCGAAACUCAAACCGAAAUUAAUAUUCAAAGCGCCUUAGUGAAAAAAUCAUACAAGAAUAUGUUCACGCAAAUCAAGUCCUGUUCCAAUUCUUCCACAUUUGAUUAUGUUUUAAAAGGUACAUGUCAAUAUGAAAAACCACAACCAUUUAUUGGAGGAUUUCCAAUUUUCCUCAAAGGAACGUAUUAUAUUGUUGUAAAUUCUGAUCAGGAUAUUUACUGGAUUGGUUUCAAGAGUACCAUCCUCAGAAAGGAAACCACUAUUUUGGCAGAUUUAAACGACGCCAAACGUGUAACUUACAAAGCUACUCAACAAGGAAAAGAUGAGAGUUUUCACAUUUCAUUUGAAUUUGAUAUAUUGCAUCAAGCAAAAGAAAAGGGUUCAUUCUCUGCUAUGGCCAACACUCAAAGCAAUAAGAUUGAAUUUAGAUUUUCAGAUAGAAAUUUGUGGAGUUUUAUAAUCUUCCAACUUACAAGAUUGAAAAUUUCAGUCGUAGAAGGAGAAACACUGUUUACGAGUGAUAUUCCAGAUGAAGAGCCUAACAUUGCUGAGAGAUCUAGGGCCAAAUCUUCUGCCGCACUUCCUUCUCUUCUCACAGAGGCCAAACAAGAGAGCAAGACUGAUGUGCCAAGUGUUCAAAAUAUUGAACCUACACCUCUCAAAGAGGAGAAACCUUUCGAAAGUGAUGAAGAAAGUGAAACAAGCAAUACUGAUGACUCCCUAAUGGAAAACGAAAAGGAUACUGAACCCCUGACAGAAAAUGAUGAACUUACAGUAAUUGAGAAAUCUGAAAAGGUUUCUACUCCAAUACCUGUCGAAGCAGAAUCAAUGUAUUCAAAGAAGGUAAAGAAAAAGGAAAAUUUAAUAUUCGAUGCUUUCCACAAUAUCAAACGUUUAGAGAAUUGUGCCCAAGAUGAAUUCAUUUCAAUAUUUUCUCAAAUUUACUAUAACCAAUUCAUUUCCAAAUUUUCUUCUCGAGGUCCAGUUGGUGAUUUUAUUGUGUUUGCUGAUGAGAGAGUGAUAGAUAAGAUGUUCUCUUCCUUCUUGAAGGAUAAGGAAAAUUCACUAAUAGCUACAGGAAUGCUCUAUAUCACUAACCAUUUCCUUUGGUUUGAUUCCAUUGACGAUACUAGUGGAAAACCACAAAACUAUCAAUGGAUGAUCCAUCUCAAAGACAUUGUCUCUAUCAAAAUUAAUUUAUCUGUAUAUAUAAUCAAGCUAGAACUUAAUCAAAAACAAGUGUUACAUAUUUCACUUACUGGUGAGGAAUUCAAUACUGGUUCGUUGAAACAUGAAUAUGGUUUCAAUGAUUUGGUAACACUAGAUAUUAAUGCUGUAACAUCAAUGAGAGAAAAAAGAUUUCUUUCAUCUCUGCGAGUUGUAUAUUGCCUUGUAAACAAGAUUCAAUUUGCCUAUAAUUUGGAUAGACAAGUAUUUCACUAUGAUGAUAAUUUAAUUGCUUCUAUUGGAAAGGAGGAAACUGAUGAUUGGUUAGAUACUGAUGACAGUGAAACAAAUAGUGACAGCUCUGUUGAACUCAGUCUUCUAAAAGUGGGUAGUGUAAGAGAAACCAUGAUUACCAAUUAUUUUGAAAGGAAUCAACAAGAAGAUUCACCAACUGUUAUUAUACAUAGUGAAACUGAUUUUGAUGAUACGACAUUUGAUGGAGAAAAUGAUGAUAACCAAGAGGAAUACUUUGACCUUCAAUCAUUUGAUUUGGAGCUUGUAAAGAAGUUUAAAAACAAAAAGGUUACCCUAAUGGCCAGACAAAAUGUUGUUGAUGAUGGCAAGUUGAUACAUAUUAAGGACAAUAAUGAAAAGACCAUAGCAGAGAUACGUGUUGACAAAUUCACCAAUGUUGCACUAGUAGGCAAGAAUGGAUUUGCAUUAACCCAUCUGAAACGAAACAAGAAGGAAACCAAAAAAGACAUAGAAACCCUUAAAUUCGAGUGUAAAUCAACAGCAUCUGCAAGUGAUGUUGUUAACUAUCUUUCAGAAUUCAUUUCAGGAGCCAAUGAAGAUAUUUAACUUAUUAAAUAACAAGCAAACCUAAUUUUU